AUGAUCACCCAAGUUCUGGAAGUAGAUAAUCGUACCGUGACAACAUAUUUCAUUCUUCUGGGAUUUCCAACUCGACCAGCUUUCCACCUUCUCCUGUUCUCUGUUUUCCUGGCAACUUAUCUGUUGACUCUGCUGGAGAACUUUCUUAUCAUCUUAGCCAUUCGCUGUGAUGGGCAGCUGCACAAGCCCAUGUACUUCUUUCUGAGCCACCUCUCCUUCCUGGAGAUGUGGUAUGUAACAGUCAUCAGUCCCAAGAUGCUGGUAGACUUCCUCAGCCAUGACAAGAGCAUUUCCUUCAAUGGCUGCAUGACUCAACUUUACUUCUUUGUGACUUUUGUCUGCACUGAGUACAUACUCCUUGCUGUCAUGGCCUUUGACCGCUACGUAGCCAUUUGUAAUCCACUACGUUACCAGGUCAUCAUGACCAACCAACUUUGUGGUGCACUGGCUGGAGGAUGCUGGCUGUGUGGACUCAUGACUGCCAUGAUUAAGAUGGUUUUCAUAGCCCGACUCCACUACUGUGGCACACCUCACAUCAAUCACUACUUUUGUGAUAUCUCUCCACUCCUCAAUGUCUCCUGUGAAGACUCCUCCCAGGCUGAACUGGUGGACUUCUUCUUGGCACUCAUGGUCAUCGCUGUUCCCCUUUGUGUAGUGGUGGCAUCUUAUGCCACCAUCCUCACCACCAUCCUCAAGAUCCCUUCCUCUCAGGGUCGCCAAAAGGCUUUUUCCACCUGUGCCUCUCACCUGACAGUUGUCACUCUCUUCUAUUCCACAACGCUUUUCACCUAUGCACGUCCCAAGCUCAUGUAUGCCUACAAUUCCAACAAGGUGGUAUCUGUUCUCUACACUGUCAUUGUUCCACUUUUAAACCCCAUCAUUUACUGUCUGAGGAACCGUGAAGUAAAGGCAGCCCUCAAAAAGACCAUACUUUGCAAAGGAAGUGGGUCAAGGGAAGAGGGGGAUUGCAGUAGUUAA